AUGGAGAGAGAAAACGGAUAUGUGGCAACCUCCACCGAGCAUGCACAUGACGUUGGAGAUGGAGAGCAAUGUACCUUAUCUCCACUAGUCUAUGAGUUUUCAUACUCUCCAAGUGAAAAUCGGGUCAUCGAAUACUUGGACAACAUGUCUGAUAGCGAUGUAGAAGAGCUGCGCAUUGCUGCAGAUCGUGAGCACAACAUAGAGGAAAGGGUAUCUGCGAUGCUCGACCCAUAUCCUAUUGGCAGGAUCUCGAGGGGGAAGGUAGACGUCAGCCAUGGGUUUUUCAAUGAGUAUCUGUACGAGAGCCACGAGUACGGGGCCAACAAGCUCCUAAAGGCAUAUAGAGUGAUGUGCGGAUUUGAGAUAUAUCUACUUGGACAAGGUAAUGAAGAAAAGAUAGGGUAUCUGAAGUCGAAUUUGUUCGGAACAAAAUACAUUUUUUAUCAAGGGGAAAAGGCAGUCUUAGAGAUCAAGUACGCAACAUCCAUAUUUAAGAGAAGAGGCCCAAGGUCAUUUUCUGUGAUGUUCAUGGGGAUACUAGGGUCCUCCCUGGACGAGCCUGUUGUAAUGAAGAACAAGGAGCCCUAUUACAAUGUAGAAACCAACAGCUACUCUCUAAAUUUCAAUGGGCGAGUGACUACACCUUCUGUAAAGAAUUUCCAGCUUAUACAUCCUCUCGAGCCCACGUAUGUGACACUGACGUUCGGGAAGGUUUCGAGGUUCAAGUACAUUCUCGACUACACAUAUCCCUGGUCUGGAGUGCAAGCCUUUGCAAUAGCGCUUGCAGCGCUGGACUACAAGGUUGGGUGUGACUAA